AAGAUUUUACGAUCGUAACUAAAUGGCUUGCAGCAUGUGGAAAUCAAAACGUUAACAUUAAAAAAGGUAUGAUAUGUUCCCAACAUUUCGACGCAUCAUACUUCAUACAGCCAUCGAAAGAAAAGUCGCUUUUCUAUUCUCAAAAAAGACUGACAAAAUUGAGAGCAGAUGCAAUUCCCACGUUACAUUUAACGUUUGACACAUCGCAAGUAGAAGCUACUCAUGUUGAUAAAAGACCAUUGCCAUUAAUUGAUACAUCGGAUACAUUAGAAUCAACAUGCAAUGGCACAUUAACUUCGGAAUCAAAGUGCAAUGACACAGUGCUACCCGACACAUUUAGUGAUGAUAUACCUGUAUCACAAGAAAUCCAAUUGAUCCACAAUACACCGAUACUAUCUACAUCUAAGGAUGUAACUGUCCUCUCAGAGAAACUUAAAAGUGUUCAACAGCAAUUAGCAUUGGCACAAAAUAAAUUGCGCAUAUAUGAAGAGAAACAGGAAAAAUGUAAUGAAAAUUUGGAAGCACAAAUGUACGAUCUGCUUGGAAAAUCAUUUACACCGGGACAGAUACGCUGCUUUCUAAAUCCAUCCAAAAAGAAUGUAAAAUGGUCUUCAGAAGAUAUAGCGAAUGCCAUAUCGUUACGAUCUGUCAGUCCGAAAGCGUACCGAUAUUUAAGAAAUGUUUUGCGGAUACCGCUCCCUAAUUUAUCAACACUUAGAAGAUAUGUCCCAUCUCUUGAAACUAGUGCGUAACCAUUUCCUCGACAAGGAAUUUCAUGUUAAUGGAACAAUUGUAAAUAAAAAAUGUUUGGAACGGCUUUUAGCAGUUAAUAGUAAAGAUUUGAAAGUGGCUUACAAAAUAUCUGAGUACCAUUUCAACCUACAUGGUACUGAGCGACAAAAAGUACUCCCAGCUGCACAGCUACUGUCUGCUAGUACUGCUUCUGCAUUACAAUGGUGUGGGCAAAAAGGUUAUCUCGGAAAUGUAGAAUGGAUAGAAACAGCGCGUGUAAUUAAAUUAUUGAAUGAUUGGUUCGAUAUCUUCAAUUCAAAAUCAAUGUAUGGCAAACAUUCAGGGAAAAAUGCAUACGGCAAGAAUUUGGAGGAACAAAAUGCAAUACUUCACGAAGUGACAUCUUUCAUGUACAAUCUAAGAGUAGGA